AUGACCUCUGUCCUAUCCUAUCGACCUUCUACAAGCGGCACCACUGGUAGUGCAAACACGGUUCUUAAUCGCCAGACUUCUCUGUCAUCCUUUCCGUCUACUCGAACACCGUCCAAUCCUUCCAUACGCAAUGGUACGAGCACAAUACCCCGUCUGCCCCACCGGGAGUCGGUCAGCAGCUCACAGACUUCAUCGACCCCUUCCUCGACCAAGCAGACCCCCAAACGCAAUGGUGUGACACGGCCGGCAAGAAUAUUGAGAUCGCAGUACCCUGCAGAUACGACAGAGAAGCAUGUCGAGUAUAUCCUUGUUGCAUCUUUCCACGUUGACCGGGGGCCUAUCAUGGAACAUCAAUAUCCAGGAGCAAUCAGCGGUGACGAAAAUAUGCUUGCGGAGCUCAUGUUACCGGACCAAGUACACAAUAGAAAGGAGGAUUGGACGAUCUUUUUUCUGCAUAAAGACACAAGUGAAGAGGAGGAAGCGACAGAAGGCGACGGUGCAGAGAAGGAAGCAGCUACGGAGGAUGAUGCAGAAGGUGCUGAUGGUGAACAAAGCAUCACUGAUGUUGACAGCGAUGCGAACACAGCAGAGGCUGGUGGGGAAGAAGAGGAAGAAGAUGCAGAAGGAGGAGAAGGACCGCCGUUGAUCUAUGUACUAAAUUUAGUAAACACCAAACAUGACGCAUCAGCGAAAAGAGGUGCAGUAGUAAAAGCAAUGGCGAUUUGUACGCGGCAUCCGUUUCUUCACAUUUACAAGCCACUUUUGUUAUUAGCCCUCGAGGAGUAUUUCAAAUCGCCUUUCCCGGAGACUUUAGAACAUCUAUACAACGCAGUUAAUUCCAUGGAUUUAUCCCUAAUGCCACGACUAUCUAUGCUUGAACGACAUAUUCUGCUAGCGAGCGACACCAAAGAUUUAUUCGUUGAAAAGUUUGAUCGCAUGAUACAACAACGUCUUGCGGAGGAGGCAAAACACGAUGCAAUAUCGUCGCCAGACUCACCAUCAAGACCCUCACCAUCAAGACCCUCGCCAUCAAAAUCCUCCCCGGAUCUUGUUGGUCACCGACCGCGAUACAUUGUCCCCCGGGAUACACACGAAUUCGAGUCCAAGGUUGUGUACAAUCAAAUCCCCGUCCCAAUCAAAGUACCCACUGGCAUCUCACCGGAAACUGUCGGCGACUUCUCUCUCAUAAGGCUGAUCCAGACCUUCUCAGCGCCCCAUACUUCUACACCUCAGCCUUUCGCCCUACACCCUCAUUUGACUCCUAGCGGCGCCUAUACCCAUCCAAUCAUUGUCCUUGUUAACGCAUUACUUACCCAGAAGCGUGUCAUCUUUUUAGGUCACAACAGACCUUCUGGUGAAGUUGCUGAAGCGGUCCUCGCUGCGUGUGCAUUGGCAUCUGGAGGCGUCUUGCGAGGCUUCACACGGCAUGCAUUCCCCUACACGGACCUCACCAAAAUAGACGAUCUACUCAACGUGCCUGGAUUCAUCGCUGGUGUCACAAAUCCAACCUUUGCCAAUCAUCCGGAAUGGUGGGAUCUUCUUUGUGAUGUUCCCACGGGUCGAAUGAAGAUUAGCAGCCGAAUAGAAAAUGCCGGCAUAACAGACGGCUUGGUCUAUUUCCAGCAGCAAAAUCCCCUUUACGCUCCAAACGCCAACGGAGUAGGUUCAACCGCCUCUGCUCUGGCCUCGAAUGGUGAUCCGACCGGCGACACUGCUUUUAUUGAGGACACGGUCCGUAGCAUUAGCUCUCGCCAUGGUGAAUCAGCCAUCCGAUCAAAAUGGAGAGACUACAUCAUCAAGUUUACUCGGAUUGCUGCUGCCUUCGAGGAAUCAGUGUACGGUGCGUCUGCAUUAUACAUCGGAGCCUCGGAAGCUGAUGCUGGCGCUCACGGUGUCCGCGGCCAUGGAUACGUCUGGCCUGAUGAUGGGACAAAAGCCCGCGAGCUAGGCGCUAAUGUCUGGCGGAUCGAAGGCUGGCGAAACACUCGUAGCUACUAUGUUUUCAUUCAAGAUCUUGCUGCGAUGUGGGAACGUAGACCAAUCCGGUCGCUGGAUCUUGCUCAUCAGCACGACCGUCUUCGAAGUCUGAAGCUUAGCCAUGAUGAAAGCGCUGCUAUCUACCUUGCGCUUUCAGCCUCGGUGAAGACGUACGAUGAAGUGUGCCAGCUGUUGUGCGUAACGCCGGAGAGCAAUGCGGGUCUGUUCUACAUCAGCCUAGGUCUCUUCCAUCCUGGUGCCAGGGUCAGGGUAGCAACUGUCGAGCUGCUGGAGCGGAUGAUGGGACAUGAAGUUGGACGGCACUUCUGGGCUCAGCUGGGCCGGUUCGCCAAGCUGGCUUUCUUCAGGGCGAAGAGGGAGAUUAUGAAAAGCAGUGAGUCAGGAAAUAGUCCUGUGGAGAACAUGGCGGGCCUGGGAUUGGAUGCUAGGGUGAGAGCUGGUAGGGGAAGAGCGAGCUGA